CUCAGUUUGAAUUUGGGCUUUCGUUUGUUUAAGAGAGGCGUGUGAGUGACAGUGGAGUCUAGUCCCGGGCUUUCACCAGAUGGCUUCAAGGACCCACCAACCACCGCCACUCUCUCUCUCGUCGGAUUCAGAUACCGAUUCCGAGGGAAAUUCCGGCGGAGUAGAGACUCUCCGGCACGGUGACCUCUCGGACUCUAUCUUCAAAUCCUACAUUCAGAUCACAGGUCGUUCAUCGCCUGAUCUCUCGAAAAUCCAAUCUUUCCUCACAUCAUCGCGCUCCGGGGCUCUGUCAUGCCUAAUUUGCCUGGAGCGGAUCCGGCCCUCUGAUCCCACCUGGUCUUGCACCUCCGGCUGCUUUGCCGUCUUCCACCUCAUCUGCAUCCAAAGCUGGGCCCGCCAAGCCUCCGACCUCUCCGCUUCACGCGCCACUGCACGCCUGUCCGCCGAUCUCUUCCCCGCCGCAGCAGCAAAGGCCAUUGAAGACGCCGCCUGGCAUUGCCCCAAGUGCCGAUUCGAGUAUUCUAAAGCCCUAAUCCCCAAAGCUUACUUCUGUUUUUGUGGUAAAUUACAAGACCCACCGAGGGACCCGUGGAUCUUACCGCAUUCAUGCGGCGAAACAUGUAAUCGCCCACUGAAGAACAAUUGUGGCCACUAUUGUUUGCUGCUCUGCCACCCUGGCCCCUGUCCAUCCUGCCCAAAACUUGUGCAAGCUCGUUGUUUUUGUGGGUCUGUCGAAGAUGUUCAGCGAUGUGGGUUCAAGAAAUUUUCGUGUAAGAAUGUUUGUUCCAAGUUAUUGGAUUGUGGGAUUCACCGGUGUUCGGAUACUUGUCAUGAUGGCCCUUGCCCUCCUUGUCAAGCUCGCAGUGUUUAUCGGUGUCAAUGUGGAGAGAUAGAAGAAGAGAGGGAGUGCUGCGAUCGGGUCUUUCGGUGUGACGUCCCGUGUGGGAGAGUGCUUGGGUGUGGGAAGCAUGCGUGCAGUAAAGGUUGUCAUUCGGGUGUGUGUGGUCAGUGCCCACUUCAGGGAAGGAGGACAUGCCCUUGUGGGAAGAGGGUGUAUGAAGGGAUGGCUUGUGAUGUCUCGGUGCCACUCUGUGGAGCCACUUGUGAUAAGAUGUUGAGCUGCGGGUUUCAUAGUUGCCCGGAGCGAUGCCAUAGAGGCCAAUGCAUUAAGACUUGCAGGACUGUUGUCAUUAAAGGAUGUCGGUGUGGUAGCUUGAAGAAAGAGGUUCCUUGCUAUCAAGAUUUGGCAUGUGAAAGGAAAUGUCAGAAAGUACGAGAUUGCGGACGCCAUGCUUGUAAACGUCGAUGCUGUGAUGGGGAUUGCCCACCAUGCUCUGAGAUUUGUGGCAAGAGGCUUAGAUGUAAGAACCACAAGUGCCCUUCUCCAUGCCAUAGAGGUCCCUGCGCUCCUUGCCCUGUCAUGGUGACAAUUUCAUGUUCGUGUGGUGAGACACAUUUUGAGGUUCCUUGUGGUACUGAAACAGAACAGAAGCCUCCAAAAUGUUCCAAGUUAUGUCACAUAACUCCUUUAUGCAAACAUGGAUCAGAUUGUAAGCCACAUCGAUGCCAUUAUGGAGCUUGCCCCCCAUGUCGACUGCUAUGUGAAGAAGAAUUCCCAUGUGGCCAUAAGUGCAAGCUCAGGUGUCAUGGCCCUAAACCACCACCUAAUCCUGAAUUCACAUUGAAACCUAAGAAAAAGAAGUCAAAUCAUCAGGCUGAAGGGACUCCUGGUUCACCAUGUCCUCCUUGCUCAGAACUCCUUUGGAGGUCUUGUGUUGGCCAACACAUUGGCACAGAGAGAAUGAUGCUCUGCUCGGAUAGAAAAAAAAUUUCUUGUGAAAAUUUGUGUGGGAAUCUUCUUCCUUGUGGCAAUCACUAUUGUACUAAAACUUGCCAUGCCCUGAUGAGCCAGUUUUUAACAUCAGUUCAGAAUCAAAGAGGCGAGUCCUGCGAAGAUUGCCAUCUACCUUGUGAAAAGGAGAGGAGGCCCAAAUGCCCACAUCCUUGUCCAUCACCAUGUCAUCCAGGAGAAUGUGCCCCUUGCAAAGUGCUUAUAAAAAGAUCAUGUCAUUGUGGUUCCAUGGUCCAUGUUUUUGAGUGCUUGUAUUUCAACAGCUUGUCAGAAAAGGAGCAAAUGACUAUUCGGUCUUGUGGUGGACCCUGCCAUAGAAAGUUACCCAACUGUACUCAUCUCUGCCCAGAGACUUGCCAUCCUGGUCAAUGCCCAUCACCUGAUAAGUGCUCUAAAAAGGUAACUGUUCGCUGUGGAUGUCAGACCUUGAAAAAGGAAUGGCUAUGUCAUGAUGUUCAAGCAGCCUAUCUCAAUGUUAGUUGUGAUCCAAAAGAUGUAUCUAAAAAUCAAUUUGGACUUGGACUUCUUCCUUGCAAUUCAGAGUGUAAGAGUAAAGUGAAGGUGGUUGAUUCAGAAUUACAAUUACGUAAACCGAAAGUUGUGGAGAAGGAGCCACAUGUCGAAAAGCAUGUACCAAAGCGUAGAAAAAGACGGGAACGGGUACAAGAAGUGCAGCAAAUCUCUAGACUGCAGAAAAUUAUUUCCACCACAUGGAGGCUUCUUCUGUAUUUCACCCUUUUGAUGGUUCUGAUAGCAGUGACAUAUUAUGGUUACAAGGGUCUCUUGUGGCUCUCUGACUGGAUGAAUGAAGUUGAAGAGAAAAGAGAAAGAAGAAGAUACCCGCAAAUCUGAUCCUGCUUAAACUAUUUCAUACUGUAGUCUGAGUUUAUCUGCAUGAGGUUGGUUCAUGGAAAUCCCUAGGACUGAUCACUACCAGACAUUCACAUUAUUUUUUCACUUGGAAAGAAAAUGAUUACUCACCAAACAUAUUCAGGAAAAAAAAAAAAGAAAAAAAAGGCUUUGUCACUCGUUGACAGAACAGGAUUUUGCCUUGUGUAUCAUAUAGCAUUGUUAUUAUUUGAUGCCAACUCAUAAAAUAGGAGAAUAGUGUUUGUUGGCACAAACUCUUGUCCAUAUGGGAUUUGUUGAUUUUAGACUUGGAUAGAAUCAUUCAAGAUGUUUGUUUGUGUCACUGGUUUGACGGAACCUUACAAGACCAUUGUGUAUAAGGAAUCAUCGACUAUUUAGUCUUAUGCUUUGGGGCUGAAAUGACUAAUUUAGUACAAUAAUCACUUUCCUUUCAGUA